GUAUUCCGGUCCAGGCAGGUCCUGCGGCCUGGGCGUGUCCUCUAUCAGGGAACGGGAGGGGGGCGGGCCUCGAAGCCACUGCCCUAGCAGGCGUCAGACAGCGGCGCGGGAGACCGCGGUAUGGGGAGGGUGCAGCUCUUCGAGAUCCGCCUGAGUCAGGGCCGCGUUGUCUACAGUCCUGGGGAGCCGCUGGCUGGGGCCGUGCACUUGCGCCUGGGAGCGCCACUGCCCUUCCGAGCUAUCCGGGUGACCUGCACGGGUUCCUGUGGGGUCUCCACCAAGGCCAACGAUGGGGCAUGGGUGGUGGAGGAGAGCUACUUCAACAGUUCCCUGUCACUGGCUGACAAGGGAAGUCUGCCAGCUGGAGAGCACAGCUUCCCUUUUCAGUUCCUGCUUCCUGCCACAGCACCCACAUCUUUUGAGGGACCCUUUGGGAAGAUUGUGCACCAGGUGAGGGCAUCCAUCGACACUCCACGUUUUUCCAAGGAUCACAAGUGUAGUCUCGUGUUCUACAUCCUGAGCCCCUUGAACCUCAACAGCAUUCCCGAUAUUGAGCAACCCAAUGUGGUCUCCACUACCAAGAAGUUCUCCUAUAAGCUGGUGAAGACCGGCAAUGUGGUUCUCACAGUUAGCACUGACCUUCGUGGCUACGUGGUGGGACAGGUGCUGCGGCUGCAGGCUGACAUUGAGAACCAGUCAGGCAAGGACACCAGCCCUGUGGUGGCCAGCUUGCUACAGAAGGUAUCCUAUAAGGCCAAACGCUGGAUCUAUGAUGUGCGGACCAUUGCAGAGGUGGAGGGUUCAGGUGUCAAGGCCUGGAAGCGUGCUCAGUGGCAAGAACAGAUCCUGGUGCCUGCCCUGCCCCAGUCAGCCCUGCCUGGCUGCAGCCUUAUCCACAUCGACUAUUACCUUCAGGUCUCCAUGAAGGCACCUGAGGCCACCGUGACUCUCCCACUAUUUGUUGGCAAUAUUGCUGUGAACCAAACCCCCCUGAGCCCCUGUCCAGGCCCAGGGCCUUCUCCUGGGACCCUGUCCCCAGUGCUGCCCUCUGCCCCACCCCAGGAAGAGGCUGAUGCAGUGGCUAGUGGUCCUCACUUCUCAGACCCGAUUUCCCUCUCCACCAAGAGUCAUUCUCAGCAGCAGCCACUGUCUGCUCCAUCCGGUUCUGGGUCUGUCACCACCACUGAGCCCUGGGUUCAGGUUGCAAGCCCUGCUAGACACUCUCUGCACCCUCCCUUGUGCAUCUCUAUAGGUGCCACUGUCCCCUACUUUGCAGAAGGCUCUGCGGGCCCUGUAUCUACCACCAGCGCCUUGAUCCUCCCUCCAGAGUAUAGUUCAUGGGGCUACCCCUAUGAGGCUCCACCAUCCUAUGAGCAGAGCUGUGGUGCUGGUGGAACAGACCUUGGCCUGAUCCCAGGGAGCUGACCCUGGUGUGCUAACAACCUAUGCCCACCUUGUUGGUGGCUCUGGCCUUUGCCCUGGCAUGGGAUGCCCAGGGCCUUGUGCCUUUGCUCUCUACCUGGCCCAGCUACUCAGGACCUGCAGCUGUUGAGACAACCCCUUGUGGACCAGCCAUUCCUGGCUCCUCUGGAAUUAAUCAGACCUCCUCUUAAGAGGUUGGGGUAGGGCGGCAGAAAUCUGGGCCUGGAGAGACUGUAUAAAUAAAGUGCUUUAUUUGUA